GGUUACAUUGAACCCGAAACACAUGUUGUUGAUGGACAAACUACAAUAGUUCGUGAUAGAGGGCCAAAUAUGUGGUACCUCUACUGGAGUUUAAAAGAAGUUAAACUUUGGGAAGUUCCAUCCAUUCAAGAGGAGAAGGUCAACAACGAGGAUAUGCUAGAUACGUGGAACUCACUGCGCUUAGACUCGGAUUGUAUGGACGACCACCAUGCUAAACUUUACACAUGGUACUGCAUCGGGAAGUUGCAGUUGCGUUUCCCUGUGAUCAUAGACCACCAUGGCCGAGUUCGUCAUUUCAACCGUGACACCCCUGUACUAACUCUUUUCACGGAGACCAAGCUUUAUGGUAAGCAAAUGAGAGCUUUCUUCCUUGUCAGGGAAGACUUUCGCGAGCCCACGAUUGCAGGUGCUCUGAAGCGCUUCCGUGAUCAAUUCGAAAUAGAUCCUUCGCUCGCAAAAGAAUUGAAUCUAAGAGUUGAUUGUUUGGUGCAUGCCCAACCUCACUUCCUUUUCGGAUUAUGUGAGGAGAUAUUCUUCACGUUGGAACACAAGGACAACUACAAUGACUACACUCUACGAAAAACGACGAGAGGAGGAGGAGGAGGAGGAGGAGGGGAGGGCGACGACGAUGACGACGACGACGAUGACGACGACGACGGCGACAACAACGACGACGACGACGACGAGAACAAAGACGAUGACGACGACGAAGAAGAAGAAGAAGAAGAAGAAGAAGAGGAAGAGGUAGAAGAAUAAGAAGUAGAAGAGGACGAAGAAGUAGGAGACGAAGAAGGAACUUAGAAAAGUUAAAACACAA